CAUAGGUCGUUUCUUAUCGUUUUUCAAGUUGCCCGCCAGGAGGCCCCCGACGGACGCCCACGCGUAUUUUUUUCCAACCUCGGCCGCAUCGUUCCCGUCCCCCAGCUCCAAGCCCACCGCUUGUCCACUCUCCACGUCCGACCAGUCAUCCGGACCGCCUAAAACCCUUGGCCCCCUCCCCACACCCCCUUCUUUAUUUGUUUCCAUCGAUUCUUUAUGGGUUGCCGACGCCAAUAAUCGACAUGGACGCCGCCUUCGCUCUCCUCCGUCACAGCCCCUUCACCACCGCCGUCCCAUCCCCCCCGCCGCCCGCUGCCGGCCGGAACUCCGCCGCGCCCUUCUCUUUCCGGCCGUCUUUCCCCGCCGGCGAACAGGGUCUGCGGGCAAGAUCUCGAGUUGUGGCGGCGGUCGCGGUAUCCGGCGGGGAGGAGACCGCGGCAUCGGUCGCGCCUGUUUACAAACCCACUCCUCCGGACAGAGAGCUUCGGACUCCUCACAGCGGAUACCACUUUGAUGGGACCGCUCGUGCAUUUUUUGAAGGUUGGUACUUCAAGGUCUCGAUCCCUGAAUGUAAGCAAAGCUUCUGUUUCAUGUAUUCCGUGGAAAAUCCUGCCUUUCCUAAUGGAAUGAGCACACUGGACAAGGCAUUGCAUGGGCCUCGAUUUACUGGGGUUGGAGCUCAAAUUCUUGGUGCGGAUGAUAAAUAUAUAUGCCAAUUCACAGAGAAAUCUAAAAACUUUUGGGGAAGUAGGCAUGAACUAAUAUUGGGGAACACCUUUGUAGCUGGGAACGGUUCAGCUCCUCCAGAUGGAGAGGUUCCUCCUCAGGAAUUUCGUAAACGUGUUUUAGAAGGAUUCCAAGUCAGCCCAAUUUGGCAUCAAGGUUUCAUACGUGAUGAUGGAAGGUCGAAGUAUGUCCAAACUGUAAAAACAGCAAGUUGGGAAUACAGCACACAUCCAGUAUAUGGCUGGGGGGAUGUUGGGUCUAAGCAAAAAUCAACAGCAGGCUGGCUUGCAGCUUUUCCUGUAUUUGAACCUCAUUGGCAAGUAUGCAUGGCAGCUGGCUUGUCAACAGGUUGGAUAGAGUGGGGUGGUGAACGGUUUGAAUUUGAAAAUGCUCCAUCUUAUUCAGAAAAGAAUUGGGGUGGUGGUUUUCCAAGGAAAUGGUUUUGGGUUCAGUGUAAUGUUUUUGAAGGUGCAUCAGGGGCAGUUUCUUUAACUGCAGCAGGUGGCAUGAGGAAGCUAUCUGGAUUAGCUGAUAACUUUGAAAAUGUUGCCUUGGUUGGAGUUCACUGUGAAGGGGUUUUCUAUGAAUUUGUGCCCUGGACGGGUACUGUGAGCUGGGAGAUUGCUACAUGGGGUUACUGGCACAUCUCUGCAGAAAAUGAAAAACAUAUUGUUGAAUUAGAGGCCACUACAAGAGAACCUGGUACCCCCUUGCGGGCUCCAACAACGGAAGCUGGGCUUGUAACAGCCUGCAAAGAUACUUGUUUGGGUGAUCUUAGGCUGCAAUUGUGGGAAAGAAGAUAUGAUGGCAGUAAGGGCAAGAUGAUUCUCGAUGUAACUAGCAACAUGGCGGCAUUAGAAGUUGGAGGGGGACCCUGGUUUUCGGAUUGGAAAGGCACGUCCUUAUCACCAGAGCUUAUUAGCCGUGCUCUUCGAAUCCCAGUUGAUGUUGAAAGCUUACUUCCUCUCCCAUUUUUAAGGCCUCCUGGUCUUUAGGGAUCUGGCAAUUUUCCAUGAAAUUUUACUUCCAUGAGUCAUCGAUACAGAAAAUGCCUCGAGUGACGCACGAACUUGCUGCCUCAUAUUUUCCGCCUUCUUUCUCAAAAAGGAAAAAAAAAAGAGAGUUUCUUGUAUAGCAGUGGUAUGUUCCAACUUAAUCAUUCCAUUUUGAGGUCUUGAUGACAGAUUCAGCGGCCUGAGAAAAAUCAGGCUCCGUGGAAUGGUUCAGAAUGUAGAAAGGUAUAUUCCCUAAAAAACUAGAAAGAAUCAGAAUAACCAAAGUGAACUUUUCUUUGUUUAUAUAUUGUGGUGCGGUUCAUGCAGAAACACCCAAGACAAUAAGAACUGGUUGGAACUAGCCAGGUGCAGUCUGUUGACAGCUGAUAAUUUUAGGUUAUUUUGUAAUUUUAUAGCCCCUGGGUUUGGCUGUAGCUCAUCAAUGCCCCUGUUCAUGUUUCAUUUACAUUUUAAUCUUUAUGCUUAUACACAUUGGUCCUUGUAUCAUGCAUAUAACAAAUACAGCUAUGCCUAUUCUAUAUA